GGAAUUUUGAAUUGCAGCUUUUGAUGUGUUUUGUAUUAAACUAAAUUAUCAAUUAUUUAUGAAGCAUACUUCCUGAGUUACGUGGUGAAAGAUAAUAUAAUAAGCAAAUGUUGUGAUUUAAAUUAAAAAAUGUCUAAGUUGACUCAAGUAAAAGAUAUUUUUUUCUUAAGAACAUUAAGUGCUAUUGGACAAAUAAACUUAAGUAGAGCACAAAAGGUUCUCAUCAUAUCUGUAUGUGCAAGUGCUACUCUAUUAGGAGUUGUAGCUCACUAUAUGAAACGCCGAAAAUCUACAACUCUAUUUCUUCGCCCUAAGAAGAGCAUUAAGUCUAUUCAACCUGCUGUUUCUCCGACACUUCAUAGCCCUGAUGAAGAUAUCUCUCGAGGUUUAAGCCCUUUGAGAACAUUGCAAAGACAACCCUCAGUUCUGUCAUCAACAUUCUCUGAGAAGCUCUCUGCCGCUGGGUUACCCGCUGAUAUAGCACAGCUCACACCUCAACAACUAGGGGUAAUGGGCAUGGAGGCUUUAGAAAAAGGCAUUGGUUAUUGGGAAGAUGCUCUGGCAGCCUACCAGGGCGGAGGAGGCACCACAAUUGCUAUCACGGAUCGGGAAGAGGCAGAAUUCUCGAGGGACAUUGAAACUUUAUUGGAAGGGGCUUAUCGCCUUCAACGGAAAUGUGAACUUCUCUUCUUGGAUCAGCGAUCUGUUCUAUUUCGGGCAGAAAGUUCUGUUCGUAGUGGCUCAGUGAGAUUUAAUGGAUUUUCUUCAGCUGAGUCCUUUGUAUCUGCUCAAGAUGAGAUUGCUGAUCUUCGAGAGUUUGAAGAAUAUUUAGAUCUUUCAACAGAUGUAGAAAAACUUCCUUUUUAUCAAGCAGCUGUUAAACAGUUUGAAGAGCAUGGGAUUCCUUAUAGAUGUUUACGUACAGAGAUGGUACAUUGUAGUUCUGAUCUAGAAUAUCUUUGUAAGCUUCAUUGUGUUCGUCUAGCUUUCUCUUGGAUGUUUCAAGAUAAAAAGACAUGGGAUUGGUUUGCCGAUUCAGGAAGACAAGUUUUAACAGAUUUAAUUUUAUAUGCAGAUAAGGACCCCAAAGAUUUUAUUGUUGCAUUUGAAGAAAUGCUCAUUUUUCUGCAAGAUGAUGAUGUCUGGUCAGAAGUUGAAAGAGAAUUGAGCUUAAAAGGUGUGAAAGCUAUGACAUUUUUUGAUGUUGUAUUAGAUUACAUUCUUAUGGAUGCUUUUGAAGACUUAGAAUCUCCACCCUCCUCUGUUACUGCUGUAGUUCAAAAUAGAUGGCUUUCGAAUGGUUUUAAGGAAUCGGCAUUAGCAACUGCUGUGUGGUCUGUUCUAAAGGCAAAAAGACGUAUGCUCGUGUAUCCAAGUGGUUUCAUGUCACAUUUUUAUUCUAUUUCUGAACAGCUAUCUCCCCUUUUGGCAUGGGGCUUUCUUGGUCCAAAUGACGAUCUUCACGAAAUGUGUCUAUAUUUUAAGGAUCAGGUGAUGAACUUUCUUAUGGACAUAUUUAGUUUUCAAAAAUCAAAUUAUAUGACUGUUGAAACGUUAUCUGAAGAUAUCUUGAGGCAUGUGAAAACAAGAGUGGAAAAUAUCGAAGUGAAAUUAGCUAGAAAUUUUGAAUCUAUUCAAUAAGUAAUCAGCGUUUUCCAAUUAUGUAGUUGUAAAAAUA